GAGUUCUCUUCCUUCAUUCUGGUUCCAUGGAAACCAUACUUGUGUAUUGUGUUCGUCUGUUUGGACCAUUUUGCACUUUGCAGUGUAGUUCAAAUGAUUCAAGAGAUAAAAGAUUUAAGUGUACGUGAAAUAUUGAUUUAAUUUUGUAAAGUACUCAUUAAAAUGGCUCAAAACAAUUCCGAUGAGAUUCUAUUAUAUAAGUACUGCAAUGAACUGGGUAGUGACAAUAAAAAACAACGUAAAACAGCUUUAGAUAACAUUAGAAAGGAAAUUUUGAACAAAAAUACAGACAUCAUUUCUUCUUUUGAAAAGUGUAAAAAACAUGUCAUUCGUUGCUUUAAUGACAGUUCAGAAAAUGUUAGAGAAUAUGCUGUUGUGAUCAUGAUAGAAAUAUUGAGAACAGUGCCAGUCGAAGAUUCAAAUAUCAGUUUGCUAAUGCCAGCAAUACAUGAAAGAUUAUGUGGGGAAGUUGGGGAAUCCUCGGAAGAAGUUAGAUUGUGUUUGGUAAACCUUUUAUCAAUAUUGAUAGAGUGCUACAAGAAUCAAUUACCAGGUUAUUUGAAUGAGUUUAUAAGCAUAUUUGUUAAAACAAUCGUGGAUCCAUACCCAAAAGUAAAAAUUGAAAGUUGUUCAUGUGUUACUAAACUAGCAAUGUCUAUUCCACAACAUUUUCAUAUGCAGUCGGAAACCCUGAUUCCUCCACUUAUUCAGACUUUGACAUAUCAGCAAUAUCGUGUCCGGAUUGCAGGUGUUAACUCUAUUGGAGCUGUUGUGCGCUAUGGGAACAACAAAUCAGUGAGUGAUGUGUGCGGUCCAUUAGCUGAACGCCUGUUUGAUCAACACCAUGCUGUAAGGAUGGCUGUAGCCAGAGUUGUCGGUUUGUGGUUAUUGGAGCUACACGACAGAUACUCUUAUUUUCACAAAUUAAUCCCACUAAUGUUAACAAGCUUAACAGAAGAGAUUCCAGAACAUAGAAAGGAAGUAGAGGAACUCUGGGAUAAAGUGGGUAAACAAUUCUUAAUAGAGAACGAGAACGACUUGAAAGAUAAAAUUGAUUAUCUGCAAGAAAAGUUGGAACAUUAUCCACCCAAUACUGAGAGACCUAACCUGGGCUGUCGUACACUGGUGCAGCGGGAACUGUCCAAGUAUCUACCUGCUGUCACUCUGGAGCUGGACGACUGGAAGGCUGACAUCAGGGUCAAGUCAGCUCAGUUGUUGUGUGUCACUGUGCAGCAUGCCGAGAGUUGUAUUACCCAGCAUCUGGAGAAGACUCUACCUGCGCUGUACCGAGCUUGUGGUGACCCUGACACCAGAGUCUCAGAUAAUAUAGAGCUGGCUGCACAGAUGGUAGGUUAUUUUGUGCCUCCUGAUGUAUACUGCCGCCUCAUCUUGCCAAGUGUAGAGGAGAUGACGAGCGCUGGUGUCUUGCGUGUGUUGGCAGCAGUGUUACGCUCCUCAGUGCGGUGUCAGGUACAGCCUGAACUGUCAGCGAUCGUGGAGAAACUAUCUCUUGAUGCAGUCUGUCAUAGUCGGCAAGCAGGGUAUCAGCAGCAGUUGCUGAAUGUGGUUUCCACUCUCCAACAAGUCAGCCAAGAGGACCUGAUAUCUGUCACUCAGAAUCUGUUUGUCGUCACUAUCUCAGUACUUGGUCUUGCCACUGAAGCCAGCAUCACGGGACAAGCCCAGGAGGUUAUGAAAGGUCUGGCUGAUUGCAACGGUAUAACAGUCCAAGAGCUCUAUGAGAGGCACACCUCUGCACUACUGGAACAGGUGGCAGUCAGAGUGCAAGACUGGACUUUGCAUUCCCCACAGCGAUACGUUUUUGAGGCCCUUCUCACCAAUGCAGGUGCUGCAGUUGGCCAGAACAUGGACCGGAUCCUAGAUAUCCUAGAGGGUAGCCUGCAGCCAGACUUGGAGCCAGAAGCUACAUUGCAGAUGUUGAUGGCUGUGUCAUACGUGGUCACACACAGUGCAGAGACACUUUCAGGAGUGACAGAUGUGUCACAGAUCAUCCAUUCACUUUGUACCAGGGUACUGCAGCCUCAGCUGGUGUGGCGGGCUGGCCGAGCUGCCGAGGCUCUGCGGACUGCUGCAGUCGGCUGUGUGGUGGCAGCACUGGCACUGCUAACCUGUCCCCGCUCCCUAGUCGAGCCGCUGCUGCCCCUUCUGUUGGCCCUGGUAGAGGACUCCGCUUACAAGACUCGACAGUUUGCCUCGGUCGCAGUACUCAAUAUCGUCAAGUCACUGAGAACAUUGGAAGCUCUUACCGCUCAAGACAUCGACACCAUUUAUCCUGUGAUAAUGAAGCGGCUUGAUGACAACAAUGAUGCAGUGCGGGAGACUGCAGUACAAACGCUAUCCCAGCUAUUCAGCACACCACUGCCACCUGACUAUUCUGUAGAAUGCCAUAGAGCUAGCCUAGAAGUCUUGUUUGACACCAUGCUGCUACAUCUAGAUGAUCCUGUACCAUCUUUUCAAGAUAUCAUACUUAAUGGAUUAAGAGACAUAUCUUGCAUUCAUCCACAGCUACUGAAGAGUAGAAUUCAGAAAGACAACUUCAGGAAUAAAUGUUCAUGCCAGCAGCUCAUUGGGUUUUUAGAAGGCCAGUUACACAUCUAGAGUUUAUAUUUUUUCACAAAUAAAAUGUUUUUCAAAAUGUA